UAAGCGAUGGAAGAGGCACGUAUUGGCGCCGACAAGGUAACGGACGUUUGCAAUUCCGUGAGUCUUUAAAUUCAAAAAUGAUGAGAAUCAGAGGCUAAGCUUCAAUAAUGGAAAAGUGGUGCGUGAUCUCUCCAAGUUGCUACGAUAAUCAUCAUCUCUGCUUUGCAAUUUUCUUGUCCUUUCUCUUCUCCUCUUUGCUGUUAUCCUUUCAUGGUCCCAACCUCCCUUUCUUAGUGAAGCCAUCCAAGACCAUAAGUGUCACAGAUUCCUGCAUUGGCCGCUAUGUUUACAUUCACCAACUCCCCUCCCGCUUCAACAAUUACUUUCUUAAGAAUUGCCAGUUCCUUACUAGAGGCACUGACAAACCCAACAUGUGUCCUUACAUGCUUAACAUGGGUUUAGGCCCUCAGAUUCCUAACUCUCAAGGUCUUUUCUCCAACAACACUUGCUAUGCCACCAACCAGUUCUUGUUGGAGGUUAUUUUUCACAACAGGAUGAGCCAAUACGCCUGCUUGACCAACGAUUCCUCCCUCGCCUCUGCCAUUUUUGUCCCCUUCUAUGCUGGUCUUGAUGUUAGCCGUUUCCUUUGGCUCUCUAAUCUUACCGAGAGAGAUUCCUCUGGUCGUGAUCUUCUUCAAUGGCUUGCAAAAAGACCCGAGUGGAAGAAAAUGCGGGGUAGAGACCAUUUCCUUGUUUCAGGGAGGAUUGCUUGGGAUUUCAGGAGACAAUACGAUGAUGAGUCCUAUUGGGGUAGUAAGUUCAGGUUUCUACCCGAAUCCAUGAACAUGUCCAUGUUAGCAGUUGAAGCAAGUUCGUGGAAUAAUGACUAUGCAAUACCCUACCCAACUUCUUUCCACCCAUCAGAGGACACUCAUGUUUUCCAGUGGCAGAGAAAAAUCAGACAUCAAAAGCGGCCAUACUUGUUCACUUUCACGGGAGCUCCAAGGCCUGAGCUUGAAGGUUCUAUCAGGGGUAAGAUUAUAGACCAGUGUCGAGCUUCGAGUGUUUGCAAAUUCGUUGAUUGCAGCUAUGGUGUUCAGAGAUGUGACGACCCCAUCAGUGUUAUAAAGGUGUUUGGAAGUUCUGUGUUCUGUUUGCAGCCUCCGGGUGACUCAUACACCAGAAGGUCCAUUUUUGAUUCCAUGUUGGCUGGUUGUGUUCCCGUUUUCUUUCAUCCAGGUACUGCUUAUUCGCAGUACAAGUGGCAUUUACCGAAGAAUAGGACUAAGUACUCUGUGUAUAUACCAGUGAAGGAUGUAAAACAAUGGAAUGUCAAUGUGGAGCAGGUGUUGCGGGGAAUUCCGGAGGGUGAGGUGUUUGCAAUGAGAGAGGAGGUCAUAAAGCUGGUUCCAAAUAUUAUCUAUGCAGAUCCUAGGUCAAAGUUAGAUUGCUUUACAGAUGCGUUUGAUUUAGCAGUAAAAGGAAUGGUUGAAAGGAUAGAGAAGGUGAGGGAAGAAAUGAGGAGUGGGAGAGAUCCUAGCAUUGGUUUUGCAGAUGAAGACCAUUAUAAGUAUACAUUUUCACAAAAUUAAAGCUAAAAGGAAGACAUAUCAUGUUAUAGUGCAAUAUCGUUACCUUCAGAGAAUCCCUUGUGACACUUUUAUUUUUAUUUUUUUGGUGUUCUUGCUUUUCUGGUUUACUUUUGAUUUUGGUUUGUUCUUGGCCUACAAAGAAGUGAAGAAAAAUGUUUGUAACUUGUGAAAAGAAAGACAGACAAGCAACAAAAGUAGUAUGGUCUGAUGCCAUCAAACCAAGCAAAUAACAGUCCUGGGGAUGGCUAGUUAAUUUUAUUAUUAUCUUAAAACUGA